GCAGAAGGGGAUUGGGACAAUGCGAGGGGCGGUGCUUGUGGAAGAAAAUGGCGGCCGUCAGAGGGUUGAGUUUAAGCGCUGUGGCCCUGAGAGCAGUCACUCUUUGGCCAGGGGGCAGCAGGCUCCUCGCGGCCUCCCGCGGACCUCGGGCGCUUCGGGAACUGUCGUCCUCCAGCCCCGAAGCUGGCGAAGGGCAGAUCCACCUCACCGACAGCUGCGUCCAGAGGCUUCUGGAAAUCACCGAAGGGUCAGAAUUCCUCAGGCUGGAGGUGGAGGGAGGUGGAUGCUCCGGAUUCCAGUACAAAUUUUCACUGGAUACAGUUAUCAACCCCGACGACAGGGUAUUUGAACAGGGUGGGGCAAGAGUGGUGGUUGACUCUGAUAGCUUGGCCUUCGUGAAAGGGGCCCAUGUGGACUUCAGCCAAGAACUGAUCCGAAGCUCAUUUCAAGUGUUGAACAAUCCUCAAGCACAGCAAGGCUGCUCCUGUGGGUCAUCCUUCUCUGUCAAACUUUGAUGUGAUGACAGGUGACCCAGAGAUUACCAUCAUCUGUACGGAUUUGAGGAACCUGGGAUUAGAAGAAUUCUAGAGGUUUCCUUCCAAUCCUGUCCCUCUCACAGUUUCAUUUCCGUCGAUCCAGGAAUGCUGUGUUUCACCACUAUUUAUUUUCAGAAUGUGAAGCUUUUACUCUUGAGUUAAUUUCUCCCUCACAGUUGUAAGGCCAAGCCUGUAGAUGCUAUUACGUAAGAUUUAGUAACUUGUUGAAACCAGUAUCCUCUGUAGAGCCUCCAGGGUUCCAGAAUUUGGAAUUCUCUGGCCUUCAGAGCUACUUGUACAUAUGUGUAUAGCUGUGUGUAAAAGCUUCAUUUUAAAGAAA